AUGGGAAGAGCUUGGAAAUUGGGCGCGCUGCAGGUCUGCCUGCUAGCAAAUGCUGCUUCUGCUGUUGAACCUACCGUCAAGGUUCUCAAUGGCACGUACGAAGGCACGUACCUGCCGAAUUUCCAUCAGGAUAUUUUCCUCGGCAUCCCCUACGCGCAAACUACGGGCGGUGAACAUCGCUUUCGUCCUCCUCAGGCUCUUAAUUCGACUUGGAAUGGAACAAGGGAGGCGAAGGUUUACGGGCCGGCGUGUCCUGAUCCUGAGUUGAGUGGGGAUGAGAUUAGCGAAGAUUGCCUCAGCAUCAACAUUGUCCGACCUGCUGGACUUUCUGAAGACGCCUACACCAAGCUACCUGUCUUAGAAUGGACUCACGGGGGCUCAUAUCAGGUGGGCUCCAGUGGUCUAUCUAAUUACAAUUUGAGCUAUUUGGUACAGCGGUCGGUCGAAAUUGGUAAUCCCAUCAUUGCCACAUCGAUCAACUACCGCAAAGGGGGCUGGGGGAUGUUAUACUCCCGCGAAAUCCAAGGCACAGGAAAUACAAACAAUGCCUUGCGUGAUAUGCGUAAAGGGUUGGCUUGGAUUUCUGAGAAUAUUGGGGCGUUUGGCGGAGACAAGGAUUCGGUCACUAUCAUGGGAGAGUCAGCAGGAUCCUUCGCCGUUGGACAAUUGCUCAUGUCUUACGGUGGAAAGACGGACGGUCUCUUUCAUAGAAGUAUUCAAGAGUCUGGGAGUGCUGCCACCGCGUGGUACAAUGGAUCGGACUGGUAUCAGCCUAUAUACGACAACAUCGUUAAUAAGGCAAAUUGCUCGGACUCAGCAGACACUCUCGCAUGUCUGCGUACUGUACCAUAUGAGAACAUGCUUCCUCUUCUCGCCGCUCCAUCUCAAGGACCAGGCUGGUACCCCGUUGUCGACGGCGACGUUAUUCCUGCCUACCCGACCGAACUUCUCAAAUCUGGCCGCUUCGCUCAUAUCCCCCAUCUCUACGGCAGCAACAGCGACGAAGGCACCGACAACGCACCCGCCGGCGGUGCAAUCAACAACGACACCCAACUCUUCGACUACCUCAAACGCGACACCGGCUUCGGCUUCCCCGACGCCGUCAUCCGCAAAAUCAUGGACCUCUACCCGGACGACCCUACAAAGGGAAUCCCCCUGAACACUGGCACCGAAAGAUUCGCCGAACAAGGCUACCAGUACAAACGCGUCGCAGCAAUUGUCGGCGACGUUUUCUACCACGCUACCCGCCUCGCCGACGCCCGCGAGUAUGCGAAGUACUCGCCAACAUACAUCUACCGCUUCAACACCCGACCGUGGCAAAACAACCCCAUUGCCACCGAGGGCGGAAUGGCCCCGGCAUACAAAGGCGUCAGCCACUUCAGCGAAGUGGCGUUCGUCUUUGCGAACCCGGCUUUCUAUGGGCCGUGGCCAGAGUACAAGGCCCUAAGUGAUGAACUGAGCGCCCGCUGGAUCAACUUCAUUGCUGGAGGCGCGCCGGAUGCGAUUGGUGCGGCGAAGUGGCCUGUGUAUAAUUCGAGCGCGCAUGGAGUGGAUUUGGUGUUGCAGGCGAGUGGGCGCGGGCAGAAUGGGAGUUAUGUUGAGGAGGAUACAUGGAGACUGGAGGGGAGGGAGUAUUUGGCUGAGUGGGCGAGGCGGAGACAUGUGUAG